AUGACCUUAGCCGGCUACGCUUUCAGUGCAGUUAGUAGUGGAAAAUUCGAGGAUAAGCCAAGUGAUAGCAUAUUUUUCGAAGACUACAACUGCGAAAGUGGCGAGAGGUAUGCAAUAAUAGUGCACGGUUGGAACGAGACUUGCAGCACCGAUUGGAUUGUGGAUAUGCUGUCCAAUCUUACGGCUCAUCGAGGCGGCUGCCUCAUCUGUAUGGAUUAUAGCAUAUUUUCCGUUACAGACGAUUAUUUUACCGGGCUGGUACCGCACUUUAACUUGAUCGUUGAGAAUUUAGUUCAAAAGUUGCACGUCUUGGAUUCCAAGGGAUUUCAUCCGAGGAACGGGUUUCUAUUCGGAUUCAGUUUCGGCGCACAAGCAGCUAUGGAGGCAGGUCGUAGAUUUGGAGCCAAAAGGCUUGAACGGAUAGAUGUGUGUGAACCAGCCGGUCCAGGUUUCGAUUCGGAUACGACAACCUCUGUACAAAAUCCGCAACAGGCUGCACGCAACGUGCAGUGUAUUCACACCAGCAGCGAUAUCGGUACGUUUCGACGGGAAUGCCAUCAAGAUUGGAACAUGGGAAACUGUGGCCGCGAUCAACCUGCUGCCGGUGCGUAUCCGAAAGGUUCCCAUGGUUUGUGUCCGUAUUUCUACAACAGUGCUUUCAGUAACGAAUUUCGAGCCAUUCGAAAACCGAACGAGUGCUUUUCAUUUAGAGCCGUUAGAAAAUGGCCACCCGGAUUUCGGAUGGGGUACUUCACCGAUGUGGAAAGUGGAGUAAAUGGAGAUUUGUUUGCUUCGACCACAAAUGCCUUCCCCUAUAACGAGAUUGAGGAUACGAACGAAAUUUGAUUGGUACUACAACCUAUGUUUCAAUUGAGUUAAAAAAAAAGUCGGAAGAGUCGC